CACUAACUGUGCAGCAUGGCGAUCGGUGCAGAUCACCCAUCAAUGGAAAGAGCUGAAGAUGUCGGCUCGGUCAUGUGAUUAGCUGUGUCCAAUCACAGCUGAUUGCAUGUAAAUAGGGAAAUGCCAGUUAUCGGCAUCCCUCAGGGCACUGUUUGAUCAGUGUGCCCUGAUGAUCAGUGUAGCCCCAGCAGUGCCACAUGUCAGUGCCCAUCAAUGCCACCUGCCAGUGCCCAUCAGUGCCACAUUAAUGCCACAUAUCAGUACCUACCAGGGCAUAUUAAUGCCACAUAUCAGUGCCCAUCUGAGCUGCACUUCAGUGUCACCUAUCAGU